AUGGGGCCAUUUUCACCAUCUACUGGCCAUAACUACAUCUUGUUAGCUGUUGACUAUGCAUCCAAAUGGGUGGAGAAAAACAUUUUCACUCGCUUUGGCACUCUGCGUGCUAUUAUAAGCGAUGAAGGCACACAUUUCAUCAAUCGCAUCGUCAGCAAAAUUCUUAUCAAAUACAACAUUCACCACAAAAUAGCCACAGCAUACCACCCUCAGACAAAUGGUCAGGUUGAGAUAUCAAACAGGGAAAUCAAGAUAGUGUUGAAAAAAGUUGUCAACCUGACACGUAAAGAUUGGGCUCAAAGACUAAAUGAAGCGUUAUGGGCAUACCGUACUGCAUACAAAACUCCUAUAAGAAUGUCCUCAUACACUCUAGUCUUUGGCAAAGCCUACCACUUGCCAUUGGAACUUGAACACAAAGCGUUUUGGGCUACGAAAAAACUUAACUUUGAUCUGAAGGUCGCGGGAGAGGCGACGAAGCUUCAGCUGUUAGAAUUAGAUGAAUGGAGGUUGCAGACAUAUGAGAAUGCCAAAAUCUACAAGGAACAAAUGAAGCAUUGA